UAAAAUUAUUUUUUAAAUACUAUGUGUACAAUAAGUUAAAGAUGUCAUUAGUAAAACUCUUUUAUUUAACAUAGAAUUUAGAGAAGAUACGUGGAUAGAUCGAAUGUUCCUGUUUCAAGAGGCCAUUCUAUCGAGAUUCGGUUUCCUACCUUGUAUGGUGCAACCUCGACAAUCUGGUCAGAGUACUCCUAUGUGCCAAGAACAUCAAUAUAUCCACUGCACCGGUACCGUAUUCAUAUUGUUACCCAGUCCUAUUCCUCGAUUACGAAAUCGACUCACGUCAAUUAGCCAGAGGAGAACAGGUUCGAGGUAUCCAUCUCACAUAGACAUGGCACCCAGCCCGCAUGAGGCUUACAUUACGCGACACGUUAGUGGAAAGAAUAAGGAUGAUUAUGAUACUACCAAAAAAAUCGGUUUUUUGUGGUCUUGGAAUCAUAUGGUAAGUCGUCGGUGGCGUACAAAUCAAGCAGUCGAUUACAACUUUCAGGUAAAAAUGUUAAAAGAUUUUCGAGAAUUUUGCAGCAAUCAUGACAACCGUUUGAAAUAUUAUUGGGAGCAAUGUUGGGAAGUGAAAGAAGACGCUUGCACCAAACCUAUAUAAUUAUAUGAGCAAGUGAUUAAAGAGUCAAGAAUAUGAUUUAUGACAUAGUCUGUGAUGUAAUUUUUUAUUUAAGUAACUGAUUAUUGUUUAUGUUUUGUAAUAUUAUCUGAUAAUCCAGCUGUAUGGAUCUAUUUUGUUGUCAUUAAACUAUGUAUUUUCUAUUAACGAUAA